UUGAAAAGCCAGGUGUCAACAUGACUGAGCGCUUUGACUGCCACCAUUGUAAUGAGUCUCUUUUUGGCAAGAAAUAUAUUUUGAAGGAGGAGAGCCCCUACUGUGUGGAGUGCUUUGAGACCCUCUACGCUAACAACUGCGAGGAGUGCAAGAAGCCUAUUGGCUGUGAUUGCAAGGACUUGUCUUACAAGGACCGGCACUGGCAUGAGACCUGUUUCCACUGCUCACAGUGCAAGAACCCACUGGUGGACAAGCCCUUUGCUGCCAAAGAGGAUCAGCUACUCUGUACAGAAUGCUACUCCAAUGAGUACUCGUCCAAGUGCCAUGAAUGCAAGAAGACCAUUAUGCCAGGUACCCGCAAGAUGGAGUAUAAGGGUAGCAGCUGGCAUGAGACCUGCUUCAUCUGCCAUCGCUGCCAACAGCCAAUUGGAACCAAGAGUUUCAUCCCCAAAGACAAUCAGAAUUUCUGUGUGCCCUGCUAUGAGAAACAAUAUGCCAUGCAGUGUGUUCAGUGCAAAAAGCCUAUCACCACUGGAGGAGUCACUUACCGGGAGCAGCCCUGGCACAAGGAGUGCUUUGUGUGCACUGCCUGCAAGAAGCAGUUGUCUGGGCAGCGUUUUACGUCUCGAGAUGAGUUUGCCUACUGCCUGAAUUGCUUCUGUGAUUUAUAUGCCAAGAAGUGUGCUGGGUGUACCAACCCAAUCAGUGGAAUUGGAGGCACAAAGUAUAUCUCCUUUGAAGAGCGGCAGUGGCAUAACGAUUGUUUUAACUGUAAGAAGUGCUCCCUUUCAUUGGUGGGGCGAGGCUUCCUCACAGAAAGGGAUGAUAUCCUGUGCCCUGACUGUGGAAAAGAUAUCUGAAGGCAAGACAAAGAAGUUACCGCUUGCAGUAUACACAGAUUUAUAUAUUUUCUUUCUCAGCCAGGCAAUACUGUGUUCUGGUUUUCAUCAGCCAUGUCAAGACUUUCCUGUUGUGCUUCUCAGUGACAUUCAUGUUCGUUUAAAUCCUUUAAUCUCUUUUUACUACUUCUUUCCCAGGGAAGAAGAAACCUUACAUAAACCUUAGGUGGGAAGAUGGUUUUGAAUUUUUGUAAUGUAGUAAGGCAAAUCCAAGAGUAAAACUCCUUUGAGUGAUAGCAUUAAAAAUGUAUCUUUCUUUCACUGCAUAUUUAAUUUUUAAGUGCAAUUAACAUGUGUCACAAACUUGAAAAUUUUCCAAACUAUAUAAGGCAACGAAGAGUUUGUAUUUACAGCUGUGUAACUCUUUGUCAUAUAAAGCCUAAAGCAAGAUUAUGUGAUUUACAAUAAAGUUAUUCAGUACA